AAAUGUAUAAAUGAUGAUAAUUGUAUAGCGUUCCAAGAAGGAGAGAAAUCUGUGUUUCCUCUCUCUGGUCCGGCGGAGGAUGAACAGAAAUUCGACAUGGUGGUGUUCCUUCUUCAGUGGUGUGUCGUCGUUAGCUGCAGGCAAGAUCCACCAACUCUUGUGCGUUUGUAGCGAAGAUUAUAGAUCAGACAGGGUCUGUAUUUCAGGCACGGUAGCCAAGUAGAGCCAAGACGUACUGAGCCCAUAUCCCUUUAUACAGAACUGUCAUUGGCCCGGCUUAGUAGCGUGCAGGAUGUUUAUGAUUAAACCUAGAAUCUCGUUUCGAAGACUGAGAGGUGGUUCAAGUUCGGAGUUCAGAAACUUGAGCCCCAGAGACAGUGAAGGGGAUAGUGAAAAUAGCAACGAGGAGAUUAAUAGAGCGGGACGCCACCAUGUUUCCAUUGAAAUUUGCGAAGAUGGAAGCAGCACUACCCUGAUCAACAACAAGCGUAAGAAAAGAAAACCCAGCAGAAAUUCAGACAAGGCAUUGUCAGAUUCCAUCGGAGGAAAGGUGAAGCUUACACCUCCAAGGUCGUCCGAGUGUUGUAUCUACCGAGUACCCAAAGCACUCCGUGAGACUAAAGAAAGGGCCUACGUGCCUGAAAUAGUCUCAAUCGGUCCCUUCCAUCGAGGCAACAGAAACCUACAAGCCAUGGAUGAGUACAAGAGGCUGUAUCUGCAUGAUCUCCUCUCCCAUUUGCCAACCCAGGCGAAAAUGCUUGAGAGUUGGAUCAAAACCCUGAGAGGGUUGGAAGUAAAAGCCCGCAAGUGCUAUUCGGAGCCAGUUGACAACCUCUCAAGCGAUGAAUUUGUGGAAAUGAUGUUGGUUGAUGGUUGCUUUGUGCUUGAGCUGCUUCGCAAGUAUUCAGAAAUACAACUAAAAGGAGGGCCGCCGGAACCGGUUCAUAGUGGAGUUCUAGGAGCAGCACAGGACCAGGCGGCCGACGACAAGGCCCAGCCGCAGGACCCCAUCUUUAAAUCUGCUUGGAUGCUACCCAGAAUUCUAUGCGAUAUGUUAUUACUUGAAAACCAGCUUCCCUUGUUUGUACUCGAGUGUCUGUUCAAGUUGACCAUUGCUCCUCAACUGCAACAAGCCUUAUCCCUCAAUGAACUUGUCUUCAACUUCUUCGCAAAUAUAAUGCCAACGGGUGGAGAGUCCCCUGCAGAUAGGCCUAGACUCAUCAAAGGCCAGCAUAUUCUCAGCUUAUUACGUAAAGCCAUUCUUCCCUCGUCCAAAUUGAAAUUCCCAGGGGACAUCAAAGCGCCGGAGUUAACUCACUGCGUGACAGAACUCAUAGAGGCUGGAAUCAAGUUCAAGAAGAAGGAAAAGCCUGAUAGCUUCCUGGAUAUAAGCUUUAGUACUGAUGGGGUUCUAGAGAUCCCAAGUAUCAAUGUUCAGGAGUACACAGACUGCCUGUUCCGGAACCUGAUUGCUUUUGAGCAGUGUCACCCUAGUUGCACCAGUCGCAUCACGUCCUACGCCUUUCUCAUGGAUAGCCUCGUCGACACCCCAGAAGACGUCCAGUAUCUGAAUCGAAGAAGCAUCAUUACACAUGUUAUGGGCACUCACAAAGAAGUUUCCCUUCUUUUCAACAAGCUUUGUGAUGGCGUUUACCUCAACCACUUCUAUUACGUUGACCUCUGCGACCAAGUGAAUGCCCAUUUCAGAAGUCGGUGGCAUGUGUGGCGAGCAACCUUGAUGCGUGACUAUUUCAAGAAUCCAUGGGCUGUUCUUUCAUUCGUGGCUGCAAUUUUUCUACUCAUUCUCACCUUCACAGGGUCAUUGUUCUCUAUACUCUCUUUUUCGAUUCACAAUUCUUGAUCCAUAGCUCAGUGAGAUUGGUCGAGUGGCCAGGUUCAUAGCUCAAUGAAUCUGCUGGUUUAAUUGCAGAACCUGCACGGACUCAUCCGUUUGCCUUUAUUCUUUCCGUAUAGGCUCUGAGUUACAAUGGUUGCUAAACCUA